AUGUCUGUCCCUGGUGUCAAUCAACCUCCAUAUCCCCUCCACGACUCGGUAAAGCACCUGCUGGACCCCGAGUAUGUCGACUUUUAUAAUCAACAUGUGAUCAACAACCAACAGGUUCACCUGCAGCCCGUUGCCGCAUCGCGCACUAGCGGUGUACUAAUCCCUGGUGCGGGACCGAUGCUGGAGGUGGGCAAGACGCAGGAUAUCACUGUCCAGCGCCAGGCGACUGAGGGUCCCUCGGUGCCUAUUCGCGCUUUUACUCCCACGGGAGAGGUCCCUGCUGGCGGGUGGCCUGUGAUGCUUUACUUCCACGGCGGUGGCUGGGUAUUGGGAAACAUUGACACUGAGAAUGUCGUGUGCUCAAAUUUGUGUGUCCGGGGGAACUGCGUGGUUGUGACGGUUGAUUACCGUCUCGCACCGGAAAACCCUUUCCCCGCCGCUGUCCAUGACUGCUGGGAGGCUCUCCUCUGGCUGGUCCAGCAAGGCCCCUCCGCGCUAUCAAUCAAUCCCUCGAGAAUCGCAACUGGUGGCUCCUCAGCCGGUGGCAACCUGGCUGCGAUUAUGACACAUAAGGCACUGACCUUGUCACCUCCCGUGCAUUUCAAGGCCCAACUGCUCUCAGUCCCGGUAACUGAUAACACCGCUCUCGUGUCCAACAACGAGUCAUACCGUCAAUAUGAACAUACACCUGCCCUGCCUGCUUUGAAAAUGAUCUGGUACCGCGAUCACUAUCUUCCCAAUGAAGUCGAUCGCACCAACCCCGAGGCGAGUCCGCUGUUUUACACUGGUGAUUGGGCUCAGCUUCCUCCGGCACUGGUUAUGGUCGGCGAGUUGGAUGUGCUGCGGACAGAAGGCGAGCAAUAUGCCGAGAAACUUCAGAAGGCUGGAGUUGAGGUGGAUCUCCAGGUUAUGAAGGGAAUGCCGCAUCCUUUCUUGGCCAUGGAUGGGGUUUUGUCGGAGGGGGAAGAGGUGCAUCACGCUUAUGUGUGA